AUGCUCGAGAACCCUCUUGUUGAACCUGCGCGCAUCUUGCGACACGCUGGACGUGUAAUACUCGGGUCAAACGCGUCAAGCUUCACCCUUGAAAACCAGGGAGACAUCUCAACCCGGGCAGAAGUUGUCCUCGACUACCAACGAUGUGAGGGAGGGAUACCCGUUUUCGAGAUUGCAUGUGCUUCUGGUGCUACCUCUAUUGGGGUAAACAUAAUAUACAGCGAAGGCAUUGAGGGCAUUGAUCAUGAUACUGGCGACGGGCCAUUCUUUCUCUUCUCCAAUGCCAUGGACACAUACCGGAAUACCUUCAUGACCGUUCCUGCGGAAACAAACCCACAGACAACUCGAGCGGUAUAUGCCCAACGAUCGCAAAGAUACCAAAAGGUCAUUUUGACUACAGCAAACGCAUCAAUCACGUUUACCAAAAUUGCGUUUGAGCGCAUCCGGCCCAGCGCGCCCCCAAGAUCGACGUUCACAUGCUCGAGCGAGCUUCUGAAUCGCAUCUGGCAAGACGGUGUCAGGACUGUGGAUAGGUGUACCGUUGCCAAGGGUGAGACAUCCUCCGCUUGGGAAGUCACCGACGAAGGAACCAGAGUCCGUGGCCAGCACUGGGCGCCGUGCCGAUUUGGCACACGCUGGGCAGACAAAACAGUGCGAUUUCAAGUUCAGAUUGAGUCCGGUGGCGCGAGCUGGGCAGUUCACAUGGUCGCGAAUGGCUUGAUCUUCUGUUUGGAUGUUGUCGAGAGAGUGCUGUACGCGUGUGAAGGGCUCUCGACUGAGGCCACAAUCUUUCCUGUUGCGGAGAAAGGGCGAUGGGCACUGGGCGACCUGGAUAUGGACGCCUGGCUCGAAGUCGAAACGGCCACGCGUGGAAGCACUGUUAUUAUUUCCGUGCAAGGACGGCAACUUGCUUUUAUUGAGAACCUCGAUAUCAGACCCAUCCUCGGCGGAAGCCCAAACAACACUGGAUCCGUCGCAUUUGGCGGUCCUUGCCAAUGGGUCUCCCGAUACCGCAAACUCAGCGUGCACGAUUCACAAGGGAAUGCUUUGUACGAGAACGACUUCCUACGCAAGGAUGAACAGCGAACACUAGUCGACUUUCAAGUCGGGACUAAUGCGCUGGCUUGUACAAUAGACGGUGCAAAGCGCGAUCGAGCAUGCUUCGGCGGAGACCUCUACGUUAUGGGUCGCUCGAUUGCGCACUCCACAAUGUCUUUCAAGGCGAUUGCCGGCAGCAUCGAACUACUGACCAGCCACCAAACUGCCGAUGGCUAUUUGGGGAACCUGUGCCCCAUCCAAGCGCCCGUUCACGACACCAAGGAAGAGCCACCAACGUAUGCGUUCUACUCGCUAUCGUACGCACUGCUCCUGAUCGUUGCUAUCAAAGACUACUGGCUGCAUACGGGCGACGAGAAGAUACGGUCGCGGUGCUUGAAGCCAUUAGAGAAUCUCAUGUCGUACGCUGAACAGUUCGUCAGCCAAGGAGUGGUGAUUGCGCCACCGCCUCUUUCCAUGCACUGGUUCCCUCUCGGCGGUCCAGUCUUUGGAGCAUCGAGCGCUCUCAACAACGCAUACUACGAGGCUUUGCGGGCAAUGACGACUUUGUCCACAGACGCGGCCAUCAAAGGCAAAUACAGUGUGCAAGCCCAAAGCCUGAAGGUCAACAUGUUGCGAAACUUCUACGAUCCUUUCACUGGCGUCUACCACCUCGACAAAAGCCUUCCAGCGAGCGGGAUCUGUCAGGACAUCAAGGCCCAUGCCAUAACACUGGAUCUUCUGCCGUACCACAGCGACGACCUCGACCACUUGAUCGAUCCAGACUCGGGCUUACCUCGCGCGUUUCGCGGCCUCGGUCAUUGGGACGUAGCCAACGUCGCCAGUCCCUACGCCACCGGCUUUGCAGUUGAAGCCCUGCUAUCUCGCGAUCGGGGCGCAGAAGCCGUCAAACUACUCGAACGCGUAUGGGGUCCAAUGGCCGACACCGCAAGUCCAAACUACUCCGGCGGCCACUGGGAAGCCAUGAAGCCAGACGGGACACCGCAUGGCCACGACACAUCGCUCAUGCACGGGUGGUCGACAUGGCCCGUCUCGCUGAUGCCGCGGUACCUAGCCGGCCUGCAGCCCACCUCGCCAGGCUGGAAGUCUUUCAGCGUUGCGCCAGUUCUUGCCGGCCUGACCAACAUAAAAUGCGUGCUGGAGACCGUCACGGGCCGCAUCGGCGUCGAGCUCGACAUUGACGAAGCCAACAGCCACGGCGCGCUGAAAAUCCUGGCUCCGUACGGCGUGCGGGCGCGCCUCCACUCACCGCAAGGCUGGGUAAUUCAAGGGCCGGAACUCAUUGAGGGGAUAGGCGAGUGGCAGAAGUUCUUCCUCUCCGCAGCCGGCGACGCCUCGGUUCUGGAGACGAAAAGCGCUGCGCUGCAAAUCGAGGCCAUUCCCACACCACUCCUGUGA